UCACUUUCUUCGCUCACUGCUUUAUCCUCUCAAUCUUCUUCUCUUCUCUUCUCUUCUCUUCGUCGCCUCUCUCCAAUGGAGGUUACCUCCACCUUCGUCUCAACCACCACUAGAUCGUCUAAAUAUCUCACCCUAACUUCGUACUCUCCGGUGAUUCUUCCGGCUUCUAGUCUACGCUCCAUCCGCCGUGAUUUUCUCGGAUGUUGUCACAGUCUCCAUCCUUCUCCUCACAAUCUUCGAACUCGCUCCGGGAAGCGAAAUUCUCUUCGCUCUUAUACUCGAUCGCCUCGUUUGGUUGUUAGAGCUUCUAUCGACUCUGGUUUGAUUCUUGUUGUUGUUGCUGUCACUGCCUUCUCCGCCAUUGCUUUCGCUUACUGCCACAAUUCUUUCAGGAAACGCAAAUCUUCCCAUGAGAUUGCAGCAUCUCCUCCAAAGAUUCAUGGCGGAAAAAGUGGACAUUUAGAUGGAGAUGUUCAUAAAGGAAGUCCUGUGGAAAUAAAUGGAGGGUUCAGUAAGGAGGCUCAUGGAGUCCACGAAACUACUGUGAUGGAGUUGGAAGAAGAGGAGGCUCAUCGAGUUAAGGAAAUUACUGUGAUGGAGUAUGAUUCAUUUUUGCCUAAACAAACGGAUAUGGUAGCUGAGGAUUCUCAGUUUGCUGUUGCCAGUGUCAGCACAGUUGCAAAGGAACAUACUUUAAUAGAUGAUGAUGAGUCCCGUUCAUCUUCCAUAGUUAAUGGGUCUGUUGCUUUGGAAUCAGCUACCUUGGGGGUUAAAACGCCUGAAAUGGAAGUUGAAAGCGGCGAAGAGAAGAAGAGUAUGGAGCAUGAUUUUUCACAAGCAGUGGUGGGAAUUCAGUCGAUUGCUUCUCCACUUGUGGUAGAUGAUACACGUGCUCUAGAGUAUGAGUACAAUGGUUUGCUCCAGAAGCCUGUUGAGUACAGCGUCUUCACGGAGAGUAAGAGAGAAGAGAUUCACACGUUUUAUGGGCCUAAUCAUUCAUCAGCCAAGUCUUCAAGGUCGACUAGUCUUAAAGCAGUCUCUCCUACUGUUACUUCUGCAACUAAUAGUUUAUUGCUGGACCACAAGAACAAUGGAAUAAUUGAUACUCAGUUCCCAGGACAUAGUUCUGGUCAGUCUACUGGUGAUGUUCAAGAAGAAAAACUUGUGUCACACGGUAACGGCGGUUUAUCUCACACUAGGAAAGAUGUUAAUGGAGACUGGAAAUUUCCAAAUGAUGGGAAGCAUGUGGGUCACCAGACUGAUGAAAGCAUGCCCCAGUUCCCUGCUCAAAUCCUUAAGCUAGAUAAUAGUAAUGGACGUUCUCCUGAAACUAAUGAUGCUUACAACCGUUUACUUAGAGAUGGAAGGCUAAAGGAUUGCAUAAACUUGCUCGAAGAUUUGGACCAAAGGGAUCUAUUGGACAUGGACAAGAUUUAUCAUGCAAGUUUCUUUAAAGCCUGCAAGAAGCAACGAGCUGUCAAGGAAGCAUUUCGCUUUACCAAGUUGAUUCUAAAUCCAACCUUAAGCACAUUCAAUAUGUUAAUGUCUGUCUGCGCAAGCUCCCAGGACAUAGAAGGAGCUCGACGAGUUUUGCGUCUGGUACAAGAGAGCGGUAUGACUGCUGAUUGCAAACUUUACACAACUUUAAUAUCAAGUUGUGCUAAAAGCGGAAAAGUUGAUGCAAUGUUCGAGGUGUUCCACCAGAUGUCAAAUUCUGGAGUGGAAGCUAACCUUCACACGUUCGGUGCACUUAUUGAUGGCUGUGGUAGAGCUGGACAAAUAGCAAAGGCAUUUGGUGCUUAUGGAAUUUUAAGGUCUAAGAAUGUUAAGCCAGACCGGGUUGUAUUCAAUGCCCUCAUCUCUGCAUGUGGUCAAUCAGGAGCUGUAGACCGUGCUUUUGAUGUGUUAGCUGAAAUGAAGGCUGAGACGCAUCCUAUAGACCCUGAUCAUAUCACGAUCGGUGCAUUGAUGAAGGCAUGCUUUAAUGCUGGUCAGGUUGAACGAGCAAAAGAAGUUUACCAGAUGAUCCAUAAAUAUGAAAUCAGGGGUACUCCAGAAGUUUAUACCAUUGCUGUGAAUAGUUGCAGCAAGUCUGGGGACUGGGAAUUUGCUUGUAGUAUAUACAAGGACAUGAAAGAAAAAGGCGUGACCCCUGACGAGGUGUUUUUCAGUGCACUUAUCGAUGUUGCAGGACAUGCAAAAAUGUUAGACGAGGCCUUUGGCAUUCUUCAGGAUGCAAAAUCUCAAGGAAUACGUCUUGGAACUAUAUCAUAUAGCUCACUGAUGGGAGCUUGUUGUAACGCGAAGGAUUGGAAGAAAGCACUGGAGCUCUAUGAAAAAAUCAAGUCGAUCAAACUUAGACCAACAGUUUCAACAAUGAAUGCCCUUAUUACUGCUCUGUGUGAAGGUAAUCAACUGCCCAAGGCUAUGCAAUAUCUCAAUGAGAUAAAGACUUUGGGAUUAAAACCAAAUACUAUCACGUACUCUAUGCUCAUGCUAGCAAGUGAAAGAAAGGAUGACUUUGAAGUAAGUUUCAAGCUCCUUUCCCAAGCCAAAGAAGAUGGAAUAUCACCAAACUUCAUAAUGUGCAGAUGCAUAACCAGUAAGCUCGUACUUUGUAAUUUGUAUUCAUCUCUUUCCUCAUUCUUUGUGAUCCUAGCUGGACAAAUAGCAAAGGCAUUUGGUGCCUAUGGAAUUUUAAGGUCUAAGAAUGUUAAGCCAGACCGGGUUGUAUUCAAUGCCCUCAUCUCUGCAUGUGGUCAAUCAGGAGCUGUAGACCGUGCUUUUGAUGUGUGUGUAGCUUUCUUUCUGGUUCAUUUUCUGUUUUUCUAUCUGAUCCUUUCNCCUCGUGCAUUUUCAUUGCUCGAGGAGGCUACUUCUCUUGGAGUUCUUCCUUCUGUGUCCUUCAAUAAAAUUCCAAUACUUUUUGACACGACAGAGUUGCCGAACAACGUGGCUGAGGUUUACCUCUUAACCAUCUUUAAACAUCUUAAGCAUCGCCUUGCAGCUGGUGCGAAGAUACCUCACAUUAAUUUGAUCAUUUCAAUGGAGGAGAAGGACUUUACAACUCCUGAAGGCGAGAAGACAAUCGACCUUACAGGAAGGGUGGGACGAGAAAUUGGUGCAUUGUUGAGAAGGUUAGGGAUACCAUAUCAUAGAAAGGAUUCAAGAUUAAGAAUCAAUGGUGUUUCUUUGAAGAACUGGUUUCAACCAAAGGUCGAUUCACCUUUCUCUGGUGGGAAACCAGGGCAUUUAAGAUCAUCACAAGUACCACUAGGAAACCAAAUCAGUCGUCAGCAACGCAGCAUUCGGCUAGGGAACCUGUCACUUGAGUGAGAACUGAGAAGGCGUCUCUCAUUUUGAUCCUUGACCUCCGAGAGUUUUUUUUUCCCCCUUUUGAAGGAUUAGUUCCACGGAACUUCAUACUCAGUACAUGUCACAUCACAACAUUCUUCCCCCAGCGUCGCAGCAGAAAGUGGACAUUCAAGUUUUGUUGCAUUACUCUUCUGCGUAAGCUUAGUUCUUGCAUGAGGAUGUUUAGUCACAGUAAGUUAAUUUGCAUGGUAAAGCUGUAUAUCUACCCAAAAAAAAAAANAAAAAAAAAAAAAAAAAAAAAAAAAAAAAACAAGACUAUGUAUUUAUUCGUUUUCGCAUGAAUAUAUAUAUAAUAAUAGUAAAUGAUUCUUGUAAGGUAUUCAAGAAACUCUUUUUUUUUU